CCGUUCCCAACUCCAAGCAAGCGAGCUAGGACAACUCAAAGACUCACUAGCACCAGCAGUCUAGCACCGCGCGAAGACAUCUACAUCAACAACAUUGUUCUUGAGUUCGUGGUGAAGAUCAAGGUCGGGUGAGGUUGAUGGAGCAGGUGACGAAGCUGGCGGGGCAGCGGGCGGUGGUGAUAUUCAGCAUGAGCUCCUGCUGCAUGUGCCACACGGUGACGCGCCUCUUCCGGGACCUCGGGGCGAACCCGGCGGAGGUGGAUCUGGACGAGGACCCUAGGGGGAAGGAGAUGGAGAAGGCGCUGGCGAGGCUCCUCGGCCGGAACCCGGCCGUGCCGGCGGUGUUCAUCGGCGGCAGGCUCGUCGGAUCCACCGACAAGGUCAUGUCCCUUCACCUCAGCGGCAAGCUUGUGCCGCUGCUCCGUAACGCAGGUGCUGUCUGGGUCUAGUGCGCGGGAGAGGGUCUUGUAGAUGCGUGUGCAGUGGACAGUGGAGAAUUGUGUAGCACGUAUGCGUAAGUGCUCUGUUUUCUCUAUCAGGUGAUUAUGCGUAAGUGCUCUGCAGGUCAUUUUAUUUUAGCACUGCAGGGAGGGGGGUUACGGUUGUACGACUUAAGGUGUGACUGUCAUGUGGACCCGUUUGAUGUGGGGCCCACAUGUCAUUGAUAAUCUAAGUCAGGAGGAUCUCACUCAGCAUUGAAGAUGCUUUGUAAGCGUACUUCUAACGUCAAGAAACGUCUUACAUUAUGGAA